AUGCAUUCAGAAAUGUCUCUCAAAGGCUGGCUUUGGGGCCAUGUUCCUCGCCCGUCCUUGGUUUUUCGGUUCAUUCUAACACUGCUGCCGUUACCUCUCUGGUUGAUCUCAUACACUUGGUCCUUUCUUUAGGAAGAUGUUGUCGCUGGAAUUGCUCUGAGCCUGGUCAUCAUCCCCCAGUCAAUCGGUUUCGGGAUCAUGUCCCAAAUCUCGCCUAUGCAUGGAUUAUACUCAACCUUCGCGGGCUUAGCUCUAUACUAGCUGUAUGGCGGGUCCAAAGAUGUUGUUAUCUCGGCCACUGGUGUUUCAUCGCUCCUCACCGUGGAUGUCAUCAGUCGAGUCACCGACAAGGCGGGUUUGGGAUAUUAUACGCCUGAACGGGCAGCACAGGCGCUGGCAGUUUCCGCAGGCUUGGCUCUAGUGGCCCUAGGCGCCCUGAGACUUGGAUGGCUCCUUCAAAUCAUCCCAAAAUCUGCAACGGAGGCAUAUGCUACUGCCGCCUGUCUCAAGCUGAUCAUCGGCCAACUUCCAGCUUUGCUUGGUCUCCAGGGGGUCUCAAACCAGGGAUCUUCAUUUUUUGUUCUUGGACAUGUUUUACGACAUCUGGGAGAGGUCUCUGUUGACGCUGUCUUUGGCUUCGCAGUGAUGUUUUUUCUUGCAAUCAUUGCGCUAUUGUGUACUGCAUUGGCUACACGGUAUCCUGCACAGCGGCGCCUGUGGAAUUUUGUGUCGACGCUACGAUUCCCAAUCGUCAUUGGCAUGUCAAUUUUGAUCAGCUGGCUCAUCCAUCGUGAAGACUACGGAGGUCCGUUCCAAGUAGUGGGACUGAUUGAACCUGGUUUCUUACGCGCCCAUUUUCCCACACUGCCCGACGCUGAAGAGAUGGGAUAUCUGUGUACGGAACUUCCGGCCAUCGUUCUCUUAAUGGUGGUCUCGCAGGCGGCGCUGGUACAGAAGAUGGCGACGACGAAUGGUUACGCCGUCAACAACUCGCAAGAACUUGUUGCCCUCGGAUUCGCCAACAUCUUUGGUCCUCCUAUUGGAGGCUACCUGACCAUGGGCUCAUUCAGUUCCUCCACCAUACUCUCAAUGGCUGGCAGUCGAUCGCAACUGGCAGGAGUAUUUGCCGCCUUGAUGGUCGUCAUGGCGCUAUAUCUGCUCAUGGGGGUAUUUGCAUAUACUCCCCUCGCCUCACUUGCGGGUCUUGUGACUUACUCCAUGUUCGCCAACUUACCUCGGCCAAAAGCUUUGUACAAUAAUUGGCAACUGUCACCUCUUGACUCAUUGAUAUGGAUUGCAUCUGUGGCAAUGGGAUUGGUAUACACACUUGAAUGGUCCUUGUAUAUUGGAACGAUUGCGAAAUGGCUCUUGAGUUAGGCACUUUCAGUCCGCAAACCAAAGGCACAGGUCUCAAACCCAGGUGUCUUAGUCUAUCGCUUCAACAGCAACUUCUCUUUUUACAAUCAAGGGCAUCAUCUGGCAUCCGUAUACGACCAAUACCAGGAAAAGUCUCCCGCUGUCCAUGCCAUUGUCUUGGAUUUUAGGGAAAUCGAGCAUCUAGACUUGGAAUCAGCGCAAGGUCUAAGUGGGCUGCGGUUAGCGUUGGAUGCAAAUACGGAGUGUCAUAUUGCGAACGUGAAGCAUUUCUGGGUGAGACGGACUCUAGUAGGCGCUGGUUUCGACACAUUUCACAACUGUUUACAAGAUGCUGUGGAUGCGGCGAUCAAGAGUGCACGAGUUCACUGUGGUUAG